AUGGAGAUUAAUCUGAACUCUAACUACCACUACUUAGCUAUCAUUCUAUUUUCUGUUAAUAUCUUUUUGAUGAAGCAUUUUUUUUAUCCGAGAAAACGUUUACCACCUAGCCCUUUGUCUCUCCCACUAAUAGGCCAUCUUUACCUUAUCAAAAAUUCACUUCACCAGUCACUAAACUCAUUAUCAACUAAAUAUGGCCCGGUUUUAUACCUCCGGUUUGGCUGCCGAAAUUUGCUUGUUGUGUCUUCUCCAUCUGCCGUGGAAGAAUGCUUCACAAAAAACGACAUUGUAUUUGCAAACCGUCCUCCUACUAUGGCUGGAGAUAAGUUUUCGUUCAACUAUAAGGUCUCGAUUUGGGCUAAUUACGGCUAUCUCUGGAGGGUACUCCGCCGACUAACUGUAAAUGAGAUAGUCUCUUCCAAUAGCUUGCAGAAGUCUUCUGCUCUGCGGAUUGAAGAAAUUGGAAUUGUUAUUCGCGGGUUGUUUAAGGAAAGUAAAGCAAAUGGCAGUAGUGGAGCAAAAGUUUACUUGGGUAGUUGGGCAAAUACUUAUGUAUUCAAUGUUAUGAUGAGAAUUAUUACUGGGGAACGUUGCGUAAAUGAGGAAGACAUUGGAACAGAGAAGGGUAAACAAAUCAUUGAAGAAAUAAGGACAGUUAUCUUCGCGGCCAUGUUGAUUUUGAACGCGUGUGAUUUCUUGCCAAUAUUGAAAUGGUUUGGGUACAAAGGGAUUGAGAAAAGUAUGGACUCAGCUCACAAGAAGAGAAACGAAUUCUUAAACAGCUUACUAGGUGAAUUUCGACAGAAGAAAGGGAAUAUUAGUACUAAUAGAAACCGGGACACACUGGUUGAAACUCUAUUUUCUCUACAAGAAUCAGAACCCGAAUUCUACACGGAUGAUCUCAUUAAAGGAGUUCUACUGAGUUUGUUUUCUGGGGGAACGGAGACCACAUCGAUGACCAUCCAGUGGGCGAUGCGACUUCUUUUAGCUCACCCCGAGGCAUUUCACAAGCUGAGAGGUGAAAUUGAUAGUGAAGUGGGGAACAAGCGCUUGCUUAAUGAAUCUGAUCUCGGGAAGCUUCCUUAUUUGCACUGUGUUAUCAAUGAGACGCUUAGAUUAUACCCUCCAGUACCACUUUUGUUUCCUCACUACUCAUUAGAAGAUUGUACUGUCGGGGGCUAUGAUAUACCAAAACAUACGAUCCUAGCAGUUAACACUUGGGCCAUCCAUAGGGACCCCAAGUCAUGGGACGAGUCUGGAAAGUUUAAGCCGGAGAGAUUUGAGGCAAUGGAAGGGGAAAAAGAAGGGUUCAAUUAUAAAUUUGUACCAUUUUGUAAGGGGAGAAGAGCAUGUCCUGGAGUCGCGAUGGCCAGCUCAGUUUCAUUGGCUUUGGGUUCGUUGAUUCAGUGGUUUGAUUGGGAAAAUAUAGAAAUAGAGGAAAACUUGGAUGCAUGCUAUGAUGAUAAAAUCAGUUUGAAAAAGGAUAAGCCUUUGGAGGCUAUUUGCAUUCCGCGCCAGAAUUGUAUUCAACUCCUUUCACAGCUCUGA